AUUUGAGGGCCAUAAAAUUAUUGAUCCACUGCAGCUCAGAUUAAACUUUUUCAAUAAGAUCAGCUGUGUGACAAUAUGGCGGAUACUUCGUACAUUAGCAACUUGACUUAAAUUAAGAUACACACAAAACUAAAAAGACAGAACUAGAUAGUUAUUUAUACGAACUGGCAGUGGAAACGACUUUAACAGGAUUCAAUUUUCUGUUAGUUACGAGGAAAUUCUCGCAUCUAAUUCGAGAAAGAUUUGAUAAAAAAAAAGUUACAACUUCAACGUUAGAGGAUAUUUAUGAAAGGAAUGGUGAACCGUGGGAAGAUAAUACAAAGUUAUAAGAGCGUAUAAAAACGCUGCUAUUAUAUAAAUAUCAUUUUAUAUUAUAAUUACAUUUAUUAUAAAUUUAUCGUCAACAUUAUAAAAAAAAAAAACAACGAAUAUCAGUUUUGAUCAAGUGCGUCGUGUGUAUGGUUGAAGAAAAAUUCAAGUGACGGAUAAAUCGUUAAGAUGUACAUAUAUCGAAUUGAUAGAGUACAGUGACUGAAUCACCCCAAGAGAUAUUUAGAUUAUAUUUUAUAAAACAUCAAGAUCCAUUGGUACACAAAGCCCGGACAACGAGACAAUUGCCUUAUAUUUGCAACAGUCGCGUAACGUCUUUCAAAUUUACGAAAGAUAUUAAAAUCUUGUAGCAAAUGACGUACCAUUUGAAUUUAAACAGAAGUUUCUAUAUAAACACAUAAACGUAUCCUACAAGAUCAGUUUACGUAGAUCAGGGAAAAAAGAUACAUCUCCGGGUUAUUAAAGUAUACAUAUACGUACAUAUACGUGUAUAAUUGUGUUGUAUGUACAUAUAUAUACAUAUAUCAUAUACUAUAUACACAUAUAUAUAUACAUACAUACGUAUACACACAGCAUUUGUAAGUUAAUUGAUUGCUAAUUACAGUAUAAAAAUAUUAGAAUACACCAGUAGUUUAUUCAUAAACUCUAUGAAAUAUCUUUGUUUAAUUUAUUUGCAUAUAAAACUAAUCUAUUGUUGAAUGUUAAAAUUCAUAAUAUACAAAUUAACAUUUAAAAAGAUUUUCAAUUUUAUCAUUAUAUGAACAAAAUAAUUGUAAAUUGAAAUUGUCAAAGUUAUUUGUUAUGAAAAUAGCAAAACCACAUUAUAGCUUUUGUUAUAAUCAAAUGAAUAUGAGUGUUUAUUAAAAGUGCUACUUUUUAGAGAAUAUUUUAACAAGGAAGGUGAUAAAAGUGUAUAACUUUGUAAGCAGUAAUAUCAUUGUUAAUCAACAUGAAAGACAAUCCAGAUUGUGUUAUUCUCAAUACGGGUGAAACACAUAAUUAUCAUCAACCUGUUUCUGCAAAACCUUCGGUCGUUUCAGUUUCAAGUAUUGAUUCUGAUGUUAGUGAUAGAAGGGAUGUACGCGAAGAGCUUUAUGCUGGGAUCUUCAGAAGGCAUAGAAAAACUAUAUUGGUAAUAGGCAGUUUUCUAAAGAUGCUAAAGAAAUACUUGGACAGAUUACAUGCUCUGAACCGAAUAUUUGGUUUAUUUGCCAUACGAUUUGAACAUGUUGCAAGACAAAAAUUUUGGUAAUUUGGCAGUAAAAUACAUACUAUGCAAUUCUUUCUUCCAAAUUUUAUGAUUUAUGCUUUAUGAUAUUCGUUUAAUUGAGUGCUAGACUGUUUGUAUCUGUUUUAUUAUUAUUAUUUUAUAUUUACUUGAUACAAAAUUUCAGUUAUUACUGAAUCUUUUUGAUGAUAAUUUAAUGUUUUAUUCUUUAUAUUUAUAUAAUAAUAUAAAAUAUGAUAAAAAUUUGAAUAUUAAAUAUUACUUUUAAUGACAGAUAUUUUUGUUGAAUAAUUGGUCUGAAAAAGUAGAAUUAAUUAAUUUUGCUAGAAACUAAUCUUUUCCUUAAUCCUUUUAAGGUGGAACUAUUGAAUAAAUAAAUUUAUGGCAGUGAUGUAUAGGUGUAUUAUGAGAAAAGAUUAUAUACACUGGGUUGUGCUAUUAUUAUGAUGAAUCUUUUCUAAAAAGAAUUAUAAUACCUAUUUCUAAUGUAAUUAGAACUAAACAUCAUCAAGAUGAUGGAAAAUGACAAAACACCAAUACUUUAAUAUAACAAAUUAAGUAGAUUCAUACAGAUAUCAAAUCAAACGUUUUUUUUGUUACAAUUCAUUACUAUAUACAACUUUUGAGGCUUAUUUAAUAUUUGUCUCUCCAUUUUUGUACGUUUUGUAUUUGUCUUUAUAUCAAAUACUGCCAUUAGAAAAUAUAAUAGUUGAAGUAAUAGGCAAUAGAACAUAGUUAAGUAAGAAAUACAUUCCACAUGUUUUUCAUGAAAUCUUAACAAGUUCAUAGUGUUAUACACAUAAAAAAAAAGAAAAUCAAUAACAAAUUGUCCUUGUAUUUUAGAUGACCAUUCAAUGUCGAAAGACUGAGAAAUGUGCUUUUUUGGAACUUCAAAUGUGCCAUACUAAAACUUAGAGCAAAAAAUAAUCUAAAUAUGUUUGUGUAAUUAAAAAUUUCUCUAUUUGCUGUUGAUUAUAAAAUUAUUAAACAAAAACUAUAUAGCAUAUCUGUAAAUCCUGUUAAUUAUUAUUAAUAGCUUGCAAGUAUAUCUUGUAUGAAGAUAAUUAAAUGUCAACAUAUUAAUCUGAGUUAUUAUAUGAAAAUUAAAAAUAAAAAAUAGAAAGAGUAUAAAUAAUAUGAAAUUAACGAAAUAAUUUAUAAAUUUUUAAUAUUUUGCAGUUAUUACAUGCAAGGUGGAGCUAAUUGUAUUUAGUAAAUAGAAAAGGAUUCUGUUAUAAAUUAAAAAGAAACAGUAUCUUUUUGCAUAAAUAUUUACAAUAAAAGCACACUUAUACAGCUGCUUGACCAAUUUUUAUGUAGAGCAAAAGAUUUAUAUAUGAAUAGUUUCAUAAAUAUCUAUCAAUUCACUCCUGUAUUAUAUUUUACUUUAUGUAUAUGAAAACAACUCAUCUUAUACAUUAAAUUUUAUCAUAAGCAAUUAUAUAUAAAUAGAUCAAAAUAUUUAUGUUGGUUAUCAACACUAUGUAAGAUAUACAAAAGGCAAUAACACCUGUUUUGUGUUUAUAUAUUAAUUGAAAAAUAAUAUAUAAUGACUUUGUAUGACACAUCAUUUGUACACAUCUCACUGAUAUGUAUAGAUUAAAUAAUAAACCAUUAAUAUU